AUGGAUGACUAUGAGAAGGGUCCAAACGGCCAAGCACAGAAGCUGAUAUCUCACAUCGAAGGCCCAUCGAAAGCCUGGAGAGUCGUCAACCUAGUAGAUAUGGUAUGUCUUGCGGAAAGCUGCGUUAAAAUGGUUCUUGCGGGUAACUGUGUCGGAGAAUCAGUGUUCUAUGACUCAAAACACGCAUGCCGCAACCUGCUGCUUGCCGUAGGCCAAGCCAAAAAGUCAGGCGCUUCCUCGACACAUACGCGCCGCCUUCUGCAGGUCUUCCAUCAAGCGAGCCUCCCAGCUUUCUUCGACCCCGCAUGGGAGGACUUCGUUGCCGUUCACGGCUCUAAUGCGAACUCCUCUUGCCCGUUGCUUUUGCGAACAUGCAUCAUAUCCUGUCAACUCGUGGAACCUAUUGCAGUAUUCCUGUUCAGCAGAUUGAACCAUGUAUCAUUCUCUACAGACUUCAGCCCACUAUCGGACGCGUGGUAUCUGGACGCGUUCAUGCUCACCAACGAACGAGCCUGCCCGACGUCGUCCAGCUCAGCUUGCGUCGAUGGGCCGGAGUUCGGGCAUUAUUCUGUCAAAUCGAUCACGACGCUGACUCAUCAGCGAAACACCUUUGUGGUAUUAGAAUAUUCAAAAGUCCAUAUACUAUGCGACCUACUGCCUGAGAAUCUGAAUCUUCCUACAGGUCUCUCGAGGGGGUAUGCGAUGAAUCAUCGAAGAGUAGGUUCUUUAGGUGUAUGUAUGAUCCCAAUACAGUAUUUGCUAGGUCUACUCCAUAGCUGA